GGGAAUCUAAACUCCCAGUGCUUAGACAGCAGCGAGACAGUUGUACACCAGCCUCUACGAGAAAGCAGGAAAAAAAAGCAAGGGAAAAGAAAGAAUAUGUAAAGUGCCUUCCACCUUCAUGAACUGCUGUGGAAAUUGGAUGGAGAUAUUCUGGAAAUCAUGGAUUUUUUAGCAUUUAUUGUUCUUUAUGCUUGUAAACUUCUAGUUUCAGGUGGAGUGGAAGCCUUGCGGGACUUAAUUAUUGUAAAUUCACUUCCUUUAUUUUCAAACCGUGAAACCUCUCUCACUUGUAUAGCUCCUGAAUGGAGUUCUCCAGAAGCAAUAACCAUAGUAAGAGACACCGAUACCAUUUUAAGUCAGUCCCAAGAGCCCUUGGAAUGUAUGCAAGACGAAACAAGGAAAUCAGCCAAAACUGUGGUGUGGAAAAGAGAAAAGGCAACGGAAGCCAUUGGAAGUUAUUUCUGCGAGUGGAAAACUAGAGAUGCAAUUACAAGAACACGCACUAUGAAAAUGUCAGAGCAAGCUUUUUUUACCCCAAAAUUCUUAACAGUAACUGCAAGUAAAGGUGACAACACCACCCUUGUUUUUUUGAAAAAGAACCCAAUAGAUUCAGACGUUCUUAUCUACAAAAAUGUGACCUUUUAUGAUACUGUGCCAAAGCAUGAAGUGCCACAUGUGCUUGAGCUCACCUUACCAAAUGUCCAGCCAAAAGAUGCAAGUGUAUACCGAGUUACACACAUGGGAGGGAGCCUUUUUAACACUGCUUUCACCAGACUAAUUGUAAGAAGGUGCUCAACUCAGAACUGGGGGCCGCAAUGCAAGAACAAUUGCUCUGAGUGUCAGAACAGUGGUGUAUGUCACGAAGACACCGGUGAAUGCAUCUGCCCACCAGGAUUUAUGGGGACAACAUGUGAAAUGCCAUGUGAUGAAAAUAAAUUUGGUGUAACGUGCAAAGAAAGCUGCAGGGGAAAUGACGGCUGCAAAUCACAUAUGUUCUGCCUUAUGGAUCCAUAUGGCUGUUCUUGUGCCUCAGGCUGGAAAGGGCUCAUGUGUGAUGAAGCUUGUCCAGAUGGCUUUUAUGGACCCGACUGCAAAUUGAAAUGCCUUUGUAACAAAGGAACUUGUAAUAGAUUUAAGGGGUGCAUUUGCCCACAAGGCUGGCGAGGGCUACAUUGUGAAAAUGAAGGUUCUGCUAAUAUACCACCAACAAUUUUGGAAACUGAAGAAACAUUAGAGCUAAAUUUAGGUGCAAAAUUCAGUCUCACUUGCAAAGCCACUGGUCAACCAUUGCCAGUAAAGCAGGAGUUCAAGCUAUUCAAACAAGAUGGAACAGUUCUUCAGGCUGUGUCAAUUACUACCAAAAAUCAGGAGGUGAUUGCGCUCUUUAAGGGGGAAGAAAUUAAGCGAAGAGGUCUAAGUAUUUGGAUAUGUAGUGUCAAGACAGUAGCGGGGAUGGUUGAGAAGCGUUUCAAUAUUUCAGUUAAAGCUCCACCAGUGCCUAAUAACAUGCCAAAGCUAAAUAGCAGUGGGCCUCAUUAUCUUACUAUUGAGGUGAAUGCUAAUCCCUACAGAGAAGAUGGCCCAGUUAUAUCAACAACUCUCUUAUACAAGCCUUCCCUGAUAUUAACUCCCUGGAGAUCUAUAGAGGUUCCUUUUAAUGAAAAACUGAUAAAACUUGAAGGUUUGGAACCAAAAACGGAAUAUAAAGUUUGUGUUCAACUGAGGCGCCCAGGAGAAGGAGGAGCUGGGCACCCAGGCCCUGACACCGUCUUCAGAACAGAUCCACCAUGUCUUCCCUCUCCAAAGGGGCUAAUGUUGCUUUCCAAGAGUCAGCAUUCCCUGAACUUGACAUGGAUGGCAGAGUUAGAGAACAAUGAUGAUCGUGCAUAUGAAGUGGAAUGUAGUAAAGUUAACACUACUGAAUCACCUCAAUACAUACAAGUGAGAGGAAUUCAAACUGGAAUUAUUAUUGAUGGUUUGGAGCCGAGAUCAUUAUACCAAUGCAGGGUUCGGCAAAGAACAAAUUCACAGGGGGAAUGGAGUGAGAUGUUGCUUGCCUGGACGUAUAGUGACAAAAUUCCACCAGCUCCUGGAAACAUCAAUAUUUUUAAUAUAACAGACUCAUCGGCUGUUAUCACUUGGUCAUUUGAGGAAGGUCAUUCAAUCUCUUCUGUUAUUAUCCGCUAUAAAAUCUAUGGAAAUACUGAGUAUAACCAUGACAUAAAGAUCAGAAAUAUUACUAUUGUUCAUUAUCAGCUGAAAGGACUUGAAGCCAACACUCCAUACUUGGUUGAGAUGUGUGCUGAAAACAAUAUUGGACAGAGCUUUCCCAACCCUGUACGGGAACUAAAGACCCAUGAAGAGAUAAAAGGAGUACAUGAGUCAAAAGAUGGAAAUAUGCUGUUAAUCGCUAUCUUAGGCUCAGCUGGAAUGACCUGCCUGACUAUUCUACUGGCAUUUAUCAUCAUGCUACAACUGAAACGAGCCAACUUUCAGAACAGAAUGGCACAAGCUUUCCAAAAUGGAGUGAGAGAAGAGCCUGUUGUACAGUUUAAUUCUGGUUCACUCAACCAAAUACGGAAAGCAAAGAACAGCCCAGAUCCUUUGGAUUAUCCUGUUUUGGAAUGGCACAAUAUUAAAUUCAAAGAUGUGAUAGGAGAGGGGAACUUUGGUCAGGUUCUUAAAGCCCGUAUUAAAAAAGAUGGCUUGAGAAUGGAUGCAGCAAUCAAAAGAAUGAAAGAAUAUGCAUCUAAAGAUGAUCACAGAGAUUUUGCAGGAGAACUAGAAGUUCUUUCUAAACUUGGAAGUCACCCAAAUAUUAUAAACCUUCUUGGAGCAUGUGAACACAGAGGCUACCUGUAUCUGGCUAUUGAAUAUGCCCCCCAUGGCAACUUACUUGACUUUCUACGAAAAAGUAGAGUACUGGAAACUGACCCAGCAUUUGCUAUAGCCAAUAGCACAGCUUCUACCUUGUCUUCACAGCAGCUGUUAUGCUUCGCUGCAGAUGUAGCCCGUGGCAUGGACUACCUGAGUCAAAAGCAGUUUAUUCACAGGGAUUUAGCAGCAAGAAAUAUUUUAGUUGGUGAAAACUUUUUAGCAAAAAUUGCAGAUUUUGGUUUAUCCAGAGGACAAGAAGUUUAUGUAAAGAAAACAAUGGGAAGGCUUCCUGUUCGAUGGAUGGCAAUUGAGUCUUUGAACUACAGUGUCUAUACAUCAAACAGUGAUGUAUGGUCCUUUGGAGUAUUAUUGUGGGAAAUUGUAAGCCUUGGUGGCACACCAUAUUGUGGGCUGACGUGUGCAGAACUCUAUGAAAAGCUUCCACAAGGAUACAGACUUGAGCAGCCUCUGAAUUGUGAUGAUGAAGUGUACGACCUUAUGCGGCAGUGCUGGCGUGAGAAACCAUAUGAAAGACCAUCAUUUGCUAAAAUUGUGGUGUCCCUUAACCGAAUGUUAGAAGAAAGAAAGACUUAUGUGAAUACAACACUCUAUGAAAAGUUCACGUAUGCUGGGAUUGACUGUUCUGCUGAGGAGGCUGCAUAGUUUUAAUACAGCGCAUUCCCAAUCUGUCGGUCCAGUUCAUUGAGUGGAAAUGUUAAAAUGUAUUUUUGCGGUGUAUAGAAGAUAUGUAGGAUACUUUGUUUAAAUGAGCAUAUAUUUUUAUCACUAUGUAAAUAUGUUUGUAUCUGUAAGCUGCUUCAAUAGUUCAACUUUUAGAAGCAAACUUUUUUAUUGAUAGAAUCCUAUAAUACUGCCUUAUACAUGUAACAAAGUUUACUCUUAAUAGUAACAAGAGAAUUUGAUAAACUGAAUGAUGUGUUGAUGUUUUUGAAAAUGGCGUGCUUGUAAAUUCUCCAUUUAACAAAUUCAGCAUUCACAACGUUUUGCUUUCGCAUUUUUCCCUAUUUGUUUUAUUUUAUGUCGUUGCUGAAAUAAGCUUUAUACAACAGAGUAGAAAAUAUAUUUAUUAAAGCAGCUACUGACUAAAAGCACAGCAACACAGAAAUGAUUUUUUUCUAUAUUAUAACAAUUGUGUGAGCUUUCUUUUUUUUCAAAAAGAAAAGAACAAGGGUGUUCUUAGCUUUAAGCAUGUUCUUUAAAGGGGGUCUAACGUCCUGAACAAAAACAAUAUAAUUAUGUUCUCCCCCCAUUGAAAUAAAUGACUGUAAAAUAAAUCUAUUACCAGUUCUUUUUCAUGUUAAA